UUUAUAUUUGAAGAUAGAAUUAUUAUGGAUAUUUUCGUAAUUUUUUCAUAUACAUGAUACCGCUGUUUAUUUGAAGAACAGUUGGUUCCACAAUACGCUUAUAAUAAAUUGUCGAUUGCAAAAAAGGAAGUAACAUCUCUAACGAUACUUGUGAAGUAUGACUCACACUACUAUGUCAGUUUUUUACAGUUCUACAAAUAUGUUUUUAUAAAUACUUCCGUGUUUGUAUAAACUGAAACAAUUUACUAUAUAUAAUCAUGAACGUACAAGAAUUGCGUGAUGGGUCUCCUUUGUUACAAGCUAUAUUUUUUGGAGAUGUAGACGAAGUUCGAGCAUUGUUAUCAAGAAAGGAAGAUCCAAAUUGGCAGGAUAGGGAACAAAGAUCUCUUUUGCAUGCAGCUGCAUAUAGGGGAGAUCCAGCAAUUGUAGAAGCACUUUUGUUAAAUGGAGCUGUAGUAAAUGCUAAAGAUAAGAAAUGGUUAACUCCUUUGUAUAGAGCUUGUUGCUCAGGGAAUCCCAAUGUAGUAGAAGUUUUGUUAAGCCAUAAGGCAGAUGUUAAUAUCAGGGAUCGUAGUUGGCAAACUCCUUUACAUGUAGCAGCAGCAAAUAAUGCAGUUCAAUGUGUUGAGCUGAUAGUACCACAUUUAAUGAACAUUAACGUAGCAGACAGAGGUGGUAGAACAAGUUUGCAUCAUGCAGCUUACAAUGGACAUUUGGAAAUGACAGAAUAUUUGGCUCAAAUUGGUUGUGUAAUAAAUGCUUCUGAUAGGCAAGAUCGCAGGGCUUUACAUUUUGCAGCAUACAUGGGUCAUGAUGGAAUAGUGAGGGCACUUAUAGCAAAAGGAGCAGAUGUAGAUGUUAAAGAUCGAGAUUUGUAUACUCCGUUACAUGCAGCUGCAGCAUCUGGCAAUGUAGAAUGCAUGCAUACAUUAAUUAAGUCUGGGGCAGAUAUUGAAGCAAAAAAUGUGUAUGGAAAUACUCCUUUGCAUAUUGCAUGUUUAAAUGGUCAUGCUGAUGCAGUUACGGAAUUAAUUGCCAAUGCAGCAAACGUUGAAGCUGUAAAUUAUCGAGGACAAACGCCGUUACACGUUGCUGCUGCUAGCACUCAUGGUGUUCACUGUUUAGAAGUACUUUUGAAAGCUGGUUUGAGAAUAAAUGUUCAGUCAGAAGAUGGGCGUACACCUCUACAUAUGACUGCAAUCCAUGGUAGAUUUACUCGAUCAAAAAGCUUACUUGAUGUUGGAGCAUUGCCAGACACUAAAGAUAAAAAUGGAAAUACCGCUUUACACGUCGCCGCUUGGUUUGGUCAUGAAUGUUUAACAACAACUUUAUUGGAGUAUGGCGCAUCCCCAGCAGCGCGCAAUGCUGAACAGCGUACUGCAUUGCACCUUAGUUGCUUGGCAGGUCAUAUCGAGGUCUGUAGGAAAUUAUUACAAGUUGAUAGUCGACGUAUAGAUUCAAGAGAUAUUCGUGGUAGAACACCAUUACAUUUAGCAGCAUUCAAGGGAUCUGUUGACUGUUUAGAUUUAUUGUUAUCCAAUGGAGCUAAUUUUCGAUUAACUGAUAAUUAUAGCAGGUUAGCACUUCAUCAUGCUGCUAGUCAAGGUCAUUAUCUUUGUGUUUUUACUUUGGUUGGAUUUGGAAGUGAUUCUAAUGCACAAGACGUAGACGGUGCAACUCCUUUGCAUUUAGCUGCAGCAUCAAAUCCCAGAGAUUCUGGUGCUCAAUGCGUACAGUAUUUAUUAAAGCACAAAGCAGAUCCGCGUUUGUGCGAUAAACGAGGCUUUACUGCUAUUCAUUACGCUGUAGCUGGAGGAAAUCAGCCAGCUUUAGAAGCUUUAUUAGAAGCUUGUCCACAAGGGAAUCUAGCAGCGUCAUCUAAUUCUACAGGAAAAUCAGAACCUCCAUUACCUGCAUUAACACCCUUACAUCUUGCUGCAUACCAUGGACAUAUUGAAAUUUUAAGCUUACUACUACCAUUAUUUCCCAAUACUAACAUUAAAGAAGAUACUGGUAAAACGCCACUGGAUUUAGCUGCCUAUAAAGGACACCAAACAUGCGUUCAACUUUUAUGCGUGUUUUAUGGGGCUUGUGUAUGGGUCCAAGAUUCUAUUACAAGGCGUACUCCAGUACAUUGCGCAGCGGCAGCAGGUCAUCUUAAUUGUCUAGAACUUCUAUUGGAGAAUGCAGGAGAUUCAAAUGUAGUUAAUUGUUACGAUAUUAAGCAGCGAACUCCUCUAACACUAGCAGUGGCAAAUAGCAAUCCAGAAUGCGCCCAGUUACUUCUAAAAUACAAAGCUGAUUGUAAUUUACUAGACAUAAACAAGCAUACACCAUUAUUUCGAGCAGUGGUUAAGGAACGUGAUCAUCAGUUAGUGGAGCUAUUAUUAUCACACGGUGCACAAGUGGCGAUACAAGAUACAAAUGGUAAAACGCCAUUACAUUUAGCUGCCGCAUGUGGAAGAGUAAAAGCAUUGGCUUCUCUUGUCAAAGCUAAUCCUGCUGCUGCCACUUUAAAAGAUGAUCAAGGAUGUACAGUCCUUCAUUGGGCCUGUUACAAUGGAAAUUCGAAUUGUGUGGAAUAUCUGUUAGAACAAAAUGUAAUUGACUCAUUAGAGGGUAGUCCAUUUUCGGCUGUUCAUUGUGCAGUUUAUCAGGGAUCAGCACAUUGUUUAGAAUUAUUAAUAAAUAAAUUUGGGGGAAAGACUGUCGCUGCUCCGAGAGAUGUUCCAGGUGGUCGGUUGCCUUUGCAUAUUGCAGCUAGUUCAGGAUCUGUAGAAUGUGCAAAACUGAUUUUAAGUUCUGUUGGACCUGAAUUAGCUGGGCUCGAAACUCCAGAUUAUUCAGGUCGAACGCCACUACUUUGUGCUGCUAUUACGGGUCAAUGUGCUGCUAUUGAGUUAUUGCUUGAAUGGAAAGCUGAUGUGCGUGCUGUUGAUUGUAACAAAAACACAGCUCUUCACUUAGCUUGUCAAAGACGACAUUCUGUUGCUGCUUCACUCUUACUAAAUUUGAUCAAUUCACUUAAUGCUAAUGGUGAAAAUACAUCACAACAACAACAAAGCAUUAUUAACAUGGCCAAUAAACAGCGAAGAACACCAUUACAUCUAGCAGCAAGAAACGGCCUCGUAACGGUAACACGACGUCUGUUGCAAUCGGGUGCAAGUGUCGUUGCUGUCGAUGCAGAAGGACUCACACCUGCAUUAGCUUGUGCUCCGAAUCCGGCUGUAGCACGAUGUUUAGCCACCAUUCUUGCUGCACAUGGUCAAAAUUGGGAAGCUGCACAACAUUCACCGUCAAUUCAACAAACAUCAGAAGUAUAUUUAAAUGGCAGAAGUGGCGAUUCACAACACAGUUCAGAUUCGGAGUUUUACUGACAGCAGGCAUCACGCUUAGAUCAUCAAGCGUUUCAAAAUUUAAACGUCGAUUCAAUACACGGAAAUAUUGAUGCAGCAAGAUUAAUUUGGACAAGCUGUUGGUUGUUUUCAAUUUUGACAUAAUGCUUCUAUAUGUAAGAGAGCCAAUUUAUCAGGUAUGGGAAAUCAGUGCUUAACAAUCGUUCAUCUGCAAUUGUCAGCCUCUUAACAAGUAAUAAUGACAAUACUCCCAUUUUUACUAUUAACAUUUCGAUAGAAUUGCGAACUGCCAAGAGGAGUAUGAUAAUAUAUAUUUAAACAAUGGGUAAGAGAGCAAUAAUAUUAGGCUUAAAAGUUUAUAUUAUUCAGUAAGUAUAACUAGAUAUCUUACAUUAAUCCUAGGACGCCUAAGGUGUUAAAAGAUGUAAAAUCAGUCCAAAGGUGGGUCAUUUUUUGUCUAUAUAAAAAAGGUGAUAUAUCCUUUUAUAUAUAUAACCUAAAUUUAUAUAUAUAUCCUGUUAUAUAUAUAUAUAUGUGUGUAUAUAUAUAUAUAACAGGCGAUAAAUCCUGUUUUUCCUGUUUUAUUCAUUAAAAGACACACUUAUUUACACUUUGAGCAAAUGAUCAAAUUUAACUAUUUUCAAUAAUACUUUUUGUUCUUUGAGACUAUCUUGUUGCAACACAUGACAUUUUUAUAAUAUUUUUUAUAAUAUUUCGAUUGUAUGGUCUUCAUAUAAACUACGACUAAACCAGUUCAGAUAACAUGACAUAAUAAUAAACACAUGAGCUGUCACUGACAUCGAAACACAUAUAACUACCUCUUAAGAUUUAUAUGUAAUUUAUAAUAGUGUUACAUACAGCUUGAAAGUAAAUUUUGUCACUGGUCAAUUAGUUAUAUUACAAAUACACUCAAGAGAAAUUAGAUUACUGGCCUCUUAGAAAAAAUUUGUUGUAGGAAAACUUAAGGGUUAGAGUCUUGUGGACAUUUUCUGACCCUCCCAUAGGUGUCUUAGGAUUAAGGGAAUAUACAUACCUUUAUUUUUGCUUCAAUGUCAUAAUUGCAUGCACAUAUAUGCUCCUGACACUGUGGUCAACGCGUAAAUGUGUCUGGUACAAAAAAUGGUUUGUAGAUGAAACAUAGAUAUUCAUAUAAUGAAUUGCUGACGUAAUUGAUACCUCAUUAAAAAAAAAGACACGAUAAUGCUUGCAUUAUCGAUUUUAUUGUAACGUAAGGAUGCUCCAUAGACUCGUAAAUUUAAUUCCUAAAAUAAAUUCCUAAGACCCGCCAGCUUACUGCUGUUACUUGCAUAUUUUUAAUAAUCAGCAAUAUUUAUAAUAUAAUAAAGCUUUCUAUAUUUUGCAAUGUAAUCAAUUUUUCAUCAAUUAGAAAAAGUACAAAUUGUAUGAAUAAAAAAUGUCAUAGUUUUUUAAAUAUGAUCAUGCUAUCAUGUUUGAAAUUUAGUCAGCAUAAAAGAGAAAGAAGUCUAUAUAUUUUCGUUUACUUUACAUUGAAUCAACACUGUACAGUGAUUUAAUUAAUGUUGUCCAUUGGAAUUGUAAUAGUCAUUUUAAUAGAGGAUGUAGCAAGGCAGUUUUUAUUAUUUUACUUAUUGAGACGAGUCUGAAGUGGACCAUAUAAAGGACAUUAACCAAUGAAUGCAUAGUCGAUUAAUUAACUGUAUAAACAUUUACAGUUUAUAAAUUUAUUAUCUAUAGAGAAGUAGAUGAAUUACUAGUGAAAUGCUCUCUCUAUCUUAUGGAGGAAAGAAUAUUAGGUUAUUGAUAUAAGAUAAAUAUUGCACAGAAUCUUUGCAUUUAUUAUUUUUAAUAAGUUUAACUAAGGUCUUCCAUUUGUAGUACCUUUAUUUAAACUGUGAAGCGAUAUAUAAGUACAUCAAGCAGAUUCCGUUUCUCGAAUUUUUCAGUUUGGAAUUUUAAGAUUAGGUACGUUAUACAAGCGUUUGAUGUUUUUUGUAGAAAUAUGUAUAUGUUUAUAAAGAGAAAUCAGCUCAACUAAUAAUUCAAUUGCGUUCAAUUGCAUUUUAUCAUAUAAAGCGCGAGCGUUUUUAAUUAACAAAAAGAACUAGUACGAAAGUAAUAAACAGUACCGUAUUAAAAUGUCCUGUUGUAAAUACAAAAAGCGGACUUACAUUGCCUGACAAAAUUUUUAAUAUAAUAGUACAGAUUAACAAAAAGAGAAGAGAAGUUUAGAUAUUUUCUUAGAUAUUUGUAGUAAAAGCCUAAACUGCCUAAACACAUUGACACACGAAAAUAUGAAAGUAGAGCUUGUAAAAGAUGAUAUAAGUAGUUACGGUGAAGCAUCAUUAAUGAUCCAAAUGAUUGAUCAAGACCAUGAUUGAACUAUCAAUUAAUGUAAGUCGAAUGAUUUCUUUUAUGCGUACAUCGAUAUAUAGAGUGUCUCAGUAUUCAUGACACUGGUAAUGUAUUAAAAUUUAUAUUGUAAAAUAUAUAUAAUUUGAAGUUCAUAAUACUGAAACUUCAGAGAUAAAAAUAUAAAAAUUUAAUUAAUUUAAUUUAAAAAGACGUAACAAUUUCACUCUACAUUUUCAGUUAAUUUUUUCGUACAUCAGUACCUUGCUGAUUGUAUCAUGAUUAUUAAGACACCCUAUAUGUAUGCCCUGUUAAUUUUGUACUUAAGUAUUCCCGUAAUAUUUGCAUUUAUCACUACCAAUAUUGUAACAAAAAAUAGAGACGCGACAGAUAAUGCUGUGUCUAUUUCGACCGAUCAAAGAGUUUUCAAAUCAUAUCGUGCACGGAAUAUGUAUGUAUUUUUAUUGUAUAUAUAUAUCGAUUGCGAUGAUUGUUUAAACAGGUGAAUAUCCAAGUGUGCGUGAUACCACAGACGAGUACGUGUACUAAUGCGUUGGUACGAAAAUGUGGAAAACUUAGGGUGAAAUAGUCAAUCCAGUUUGUACGUCGUCUUUUGCGAGUCACGCAAAGAUCAAAUAAUACGUUAUUUUUCUCUUGAAAAAUGUGAAAAAUCAUGUGCGUUGUACAUAUUGACAAAUAUUUUUUAAUACAUUAAUCGGUAUGUAUAUUAUGAAUUCUGGGAAUUUCAUACCGUAAUAUUAUAUUAAAAUUGUGCUACAAUUAAACGACUGUCUCUGAUAUCGUGCAUUCUGUAUUACGCGAUCAUUUGUAAUCAAUAAACGACAUUAUGUUUUAUUUUUA